GAGAGAAAAAUCCCGUCUCCCAUGGCAACGUUGUUGUGUGUGUCUGUGUUCCUUACCUCUUUUGAAAUAAUCAUGUGACCUUAUUUAGCAGUUGAUUGAUUCUUGAUGCUGGUAGUAGUAGAGUCUACCAGCAGACAAGUCGAAGCUCACACCUGACUUUUAGUUGUUAGUAGCAGUGUGUGUGUGUAGGUCUUCCAUGUUGGUUGCUAGUGGUAGGGGGGGGGGGGUGGGGUCGUCCCCAAAAGCUUAUUGAUCCAAAUCUUCCGGCGCCCGCGCCAUCACGCCAUCCGCUAGUCUUUGCUGGCUCUCAAAACCACCACACACACACACACACACCACUGGUACUACAGUAUAGUAUAUGUGUGUAUCUACGUUUUCCUUCCUUCUCUCUCUUAUACUAGCUAUUCCUUCUAGAAAAGGUUGUUGAAGAAGAAGACUCACGAUCGAUAUCUUCUCUCUGUACAUUUUCCAGACGCUCUCACUCGGGUAUAUAUGGCUUCUUUUGUAUUGCUCUUGUUUUUGUUGAAGCAGGUGCGUUAGGCAGAUGUGUGUCGGGAUAGAGAAAUGUCUAAAAAGUGUGUAUAGGGUUUGGACAGCACCACGACGAAUGCAGCUUUGCUGCUGCACAGUGUUUUGAUAAUGAGUUGCCGUUCAGACACCUGUACAGGUGGCGGUCCUCUGGCGACCGCACCUGAACACAAAUUUUUUUUCGGGGUUUCACAAUCGUCUGAAAAACACACCAAGGAAUAGACGUUUCGGCUCUUAUCUGGCGGAUAUUUAAAAUGAGAGAGAGAUAGGAAAAAAAACAAACUUGAAAAACAUUCCUUGCAGCGCCGUUGUUACAUUCUGAUAAAUGUUGGAUGGAAGGCGGCGGCCGCCGGGAAGCCCCAUGCAACGCAGGAUCCUGUGGUUGACGGUGGAUGUGGAUGACUUUUCCAAGACUUUUUUUUUUUCCUACGAUAACAGCCCGAAAAAGAGAAAAAUCUUUUUGGGUUUUUUUCUUCUUUUUUUCCCGGAGAGUAUUGAGGGUUGCAUGUCGCGUGAGCGUCACCGGGUGACGUGGCUCCUGCACCACGCACAUUCGGCUGUGAGGGGCUCUCUCUCUCUGACGAACCCUCCUAGAGGAGGAGGAGGAGGAGGAGGAGGCGGUCCUCUGCUCUGGAAGGGAGGGUGUGUACACACAGAGAGCAGAGCAGAGCAGAGAGCUGGACGAGGCCAGCGGGUUAGUUGCAGUCGAGCUUUCCUCUCGUGUUGUAAUCCAGAAUCCUCCUCUCGUCCAGCGAUCCCCGCCAACCAACACUGACACACAAAUCAAACCAAUUGGAUAACAAAAAGAUGGCGCCACCGGUGCCAUCCACUUUCAAGAGCCAAGGAACGAACAACAAUCAUCGAGCGGCCGGCAUCGCUCGCCAAUCCGACGAUGAAGAGGAGCCGGCCAUGCCGGAAGAGGACAUGGAAGACAUGGAAGAAUUCGAAGCCGAGGAAGCCGCUCUCAUGAUGGACGAAGAGGAAGAUGGUGGUGGAGUCGGUGGCAGGGGCGGCAAAUUAGGUGGUGGGAGGACUGGCCGCCAGUCGGCGCCACUGCCCAUCACGGCCGGUGGUGAUUUCAAGUGCUCUGUUUGCGACUUUACCACUCGCUCCCGAGUCACGUUACAACGUCACGAACGGCUCACGCAUCUCAAGAAAAAGUUCUUCAGGUGCGUGAAAUGCAAUUACGUGACUCACGUCAAGGCCCGCUACACCAAACACGUUAAAUAUCAUUCGAUGCCCAUGAUCAAAUGUGACUUGUGCGAAUUCCGGACGCCCUACAAGUGGAACCUGGACCGGCAUCUCAAGAAUCACAUGGGCGGCGGCAUGUACCAGUGCUCGCUCUGCAACUUCACGGCCCACAUUAAACAGUCGCUGACGGUUCACAUUCAAAAUCAUCACCUGAGUCCCGACAAGGCCAGAUCGGCCCGUCGGCGCAACAAGGUCGGUGCCUCCGACCAGCUCAACGAAGUCAGUCCGGCCGAAACGGCCAUGGACGCCGACGAGGCCGAGCUCUUGCGGCUCGAGCGGAUGGAACACGACGCCCGCUCCCAGGGCGGCCUGCCCUUGCCGGAUGACGAUGACGACGAAGGAGAACUGGAAGGAGUUGACCACGACGAGGAACUGGCCGGCAGCUCGUCGAAAGCCGAUCGAGAAGAUUUCGGUUUCCUACACCCGGACGAUUUGACGCAGAAGAACGGACGUCUCUACUCCACCGGCCGGAGUCGUUCCCAGUGCUCCCAGUACAAGCCCGUCUGGGGGGAUGGGGAUUUGAUGCGGCAGCCGUCCGGCAAAGUGAAUGGCGAAACGAAAACGACAAAUGUCGGCGGACAAAUGUCACCGGUGAAUUACAGUCUGGCCGUCUCUCCGCCGGAAUUGGUUGCGCCCAAGAAAAACGCGCCUCGACCUAUCCCGAAUUUGAUCCCGAUCGCCCAGUCGGGACAGUCAACGACAUCGCCGGCCGCUGCUGCCACCAUUCUGAAAAUUCCGCAAAUUCAAAUGCGUGAAUGGGACGAAGAGCCCAGCUCUUCAUCAAUCCUGGAAGCUGUCGGAUUGCUGGCCAAGAACCAAAAGGCGGCGGUGGCGGCCGACGAGACCCGCAAGCGCAAAAGUGGAUUCCUCGAUCAACUGGCCCAGAAAUUGGCCGGUUGCAGCAACAACGAAAGCAGCCGGAGCGAGGACAGUCAUCCAUUGGCGACGGCCAGCGUUUCCACCAACAUUUCCUGGUCGUCCAGGUGCCAGCACUGCCGCCAGAGGUGCAAAACAAGAGCCGAUCUCCUCUCGCAUUUGAAACAGUGUCCCAGGGCCCUGCAGGCGGCCAGCAACGAGGAGAGCGAAGAAUCCGCCGCUUCCGCUACCGCCGCUGCCCAGCCGCACCCGAUGGAGAACAAAGUUUUCGUCUGGAACCAGUCGAUGGCGGUCGAGGAAGAGUCCAACACCGAGUCUGAAACGGACGCCAUGAUGAUGAUGAUGAUGAUGGAGGAAGAAGAGAACAAGCGGCCGUCUUCCGUGGCCGGCAGCGAUGUUUCCGAAGCCAGUUUGGUCGGGAUCGAAACGGCGCCCGGCAUCGGGGCCGUCACGGGUGGCGCUGGAGCACCGGCCGCCGGUUCGUUAUCGAUGGAACUCCGCUCGACGGUGCGCCGAGUCUACCGCUGCCCUCAGUGCUCCUUUUGGGCCACGACGGCCUCUCGCUUCCACGUCCACAUGGUCGGCCAUACCAACACGAAACCGUUCGAAUGUUCUCAAUGCGCCUACCGCUCCAACUGGAGGUGGGAUAUUACUAAACACAUCAAGUUGAAAGCGGCCCGCGACCCGGCUCACACACAGGCUCGAGUUCUCUUGCUGGACUCUUCUGGCGAACGUCAUUACGAUCAGUACGACCGUUACCUGGUUAUGAUGCGCGUCACGGAAUCGGGAGGGCCGGCGGUGACCCACGGGCGAUUCGCCAUGGAAGAAAUGGGACGCAGAGCGGCGGCUUCUUCUUCUCGGCGGACUGAUUCCUUGUCGCCGUCUCCGUCUCCCUCGCCGGUGCCUUCGCCCGUUCCCGUUGCGGCUCCUGCCGCUGCCACAACUUCUUCCACCUCCGUUGAGUCGCUGCCGUUCAAUUUGUCCGCCGUCUCGUUGGCCACUUCGCUGGCCAGUAUCGCCUCAAGUCUCUUACCGCCACCUCCCGCCAUCCGCCAGCUUCCGUCGCUCAACGCCAUCCACCCGGAAGAUUCUCAGCACUUGACGACGGAAUAUCCGUCGCCCACCAAAUCGACCAGCAGCGCCAGCGCCAAUCCACGACGGACCAUCUGGAAAUGCAAACGCUGCGUUUUCAAGGAUCAUAACCGGGAGACGGUCUUGCAACACAUUCGAAGCGCUCACUAUCAUCCCUCGGGUGUCGGUACUAAUCACAGCAGUCCUUCCCUGUCGGUUUCAUCCACUGGGCUGACGAGCGGCGGCCAGAUGGCCAUGGGUGAGCCUGGCAGCUUGGCCACUCUUUUGCCACCGCCGCAACCCGCCGCCGCCGGCUUCCUUCUCUCUUCCGGCGGAGUUGGAGGUGGAGGAGGAGGUUCUUCAACUUCCACGGCGCCCGCUUUUCGGUGUGGAGUCUGCAAUCAAGUUUCCAAUUGGAAACAUGUGAUUCAGCGCCAUUGCCGUUUGAAACACAAUGGCAACAUCCAAGUCAUUGAAAAUCGAGUGACGGAUGAAGACGGACCGGAAUUGAGUCGUGAAGGUGACGAUUUGUCCAUCUCGCCUCUCAAUGGCAGGGCCGGCAAGAAAACGGCCAAAAGAGAAAGCCCACUUCCUGAUGAAGAUUCCAUGGCAGGUUACAUGAUGCACGCGGAUGUGCAACAGUAUUCGUGUUCCAUUUGCCCGUUUGCUUGCAAAAGUCUGACGGACAUUGAAGUUCACCGGCAACAUCACAAAACGGGAUCGGGUCGGCCCAUCCGCUGUCCCAUCUGCCCGUUUUUCGUCACCGAUAAACAGGAACUGGCCCAGCAUCUCGUACUGCACGGCAUGCACGAUUUGAAAUUGGAUUCUUCCGGCCAACUUUCUUGCAGCGUCGAAAAGCAGAGCCACACCGCGGAACAGUCGAGUUCUGGGAGAAGAUUCCGUUGCAGCUCUUGCCCGUACGUCAGUGACAACAAGAGCCAAUACGUUUACCACCGGCAGUUCCAUCGGCCGCGGGGUGCGCCUUACAAGUGUUCGCAAUGCUCCUACAAUGUCAGCCGGAGGCAUUUGCUGAAUCAACACCUCAGCGUCCACGGUCUGCCGCCCGUCGGCCUCCUGGACGGUGAUAACUACGCGUCCGAUUCGGAUGCCAUCGGGUCGGAAGCCGAGGCGGAAGCUGAAGCCGCUGAAGCCAUCGAAAUGGCGGACGAUGAAGUGAUGGUGGCCGCUGCUGAAGAUCAUUCGCCCACGCCCGUCUCGGCCUGCUCGUCUUCCUCGGCUGUCGCGGCCGCAUCCAGCAGCGGAAUCGGCUCGGAAGGUUACACCCACCUGGGCCUGGAUCCCAACACGAUCGCCCGUCUGCCGGACUCUGCCACGGUUUCGCUGCUGGACAUUCCGCUGACGUGGGUGUCGCGGGGGUCGAAAUUUUACAAAAUGUUCAAGUGCCGCCACUGCCCGCACGUCAAUGUCCGCAAGGCCAACAUCCAGGAGCACGAGAAGAGACACCAGACCAAGCCGGGCAGCGCCGCCGGCGGCGGUGGCGACAACAUGCACGCCUGCUCAAUGUGCAAUUACCGGUGCAACAACGCCGGCGUCUUGUCGGCCCACGUCAAAGUCCACCAGAACGUCCUGGGCAUCAUCCACGCCCUGGCCGAUCCUUCGAGAUCCGACGAGGAGCAGUUGCGCCAAUUGGCCGGAGUGGCGGGUUUCAAAACGGGGGGAGAAGCCUCGGCCCUGGUUGGCAAAGAAGCGGAAGAAUCUUGUUCGUCGCUUUCGUCGUCCGGAAGUGCCGCCCCUCAACCGAAAUUGGAUUUGCUGCUGGGACGGGCCGGCGAAGACGCCAAAGAUGGCGAGGGGAAAAAGUUACACUUUUGCGCUCAUUGCCCGGCCCGUUUUCUGGUCGAGACGGAGCUCCUGAUUCACCAACGCUUUCACGGAGUCAAACUGGCCUUCCGCUGUGACGUCUGCUCUUAUACGGCCCGCCAAGAAAACCACCUGCUGGCCCAUUGGAAGGUUCACAGUCGCGAAUAUCAAGAGAGAACCAAGGUGCUGGUGGAACAUCACGGCGCGUCUGAACAGCAUCCGCAGCCUCGCAUUUUGGCCGUCCAACCCAACAGCAGUGCGGAUGAGGAGGAAGGGGCGAUAGAUUUGACCAGCCGGAAGGAAUCGGAAGUGAAACCCAGUCAAAUUGCCAUCACUGCCGAAAAGACUUGGGCCAAUUGCCCGCUGUGUCCGGCUCGAUUCGACCCGGACAGCAAAGCGCUGCAGUAUCACAUCUCUCUGCACGGUGGCAACGGCCCGUUCCGCUGCCGCUUCUGCAACUACGCCGUCAAGGCCCAGGACAAUUUGACGAAACACGAGAAGCUGCACCUGCACCAGACGGAAGACGAGGACGAGCUGACGGCCGAGACGUCGACGACGGACAACAAUACGAAGCCGCUGAAACGGUUCCAGUGUUCCAAGUGCCCGUCCAGCUUCGAGAAGAAGGAGCAGUUCAAAGUCCAUUCCAAUCUGCACGGCUCCAAGCAGCGCUACCGUUGCGACCGUUGCGACUACGCCGUCAAGUACUACACCAAUUUCCAGCAGCACAUGAAGAGGCACGACGAGAGCGAGACGGCCGCCGGUGGCGAAACGACGGCCGACGAAGCCAUGGACGUCGAAACCCACGAGCUACCACCGACAACCACCGUCCCGACGAUUCAAUUGCCCGAGCAGCCGCUAUCGACGGCCGACCGGCAACACAUUUGGCUGCAGGACAAGUUGCGUUCCGUUCAACACCAGAGCGUCCAGCAGCCGUUUUCUUGCCAGUACUGCCCGUACAGGUGUGGCAACCAAGAGGAUCUGAUUAGUCACAUCGGCCAUCACGCGGCCAACGGGGCCACGGGCAGUUUCCGCUGCAAUUUCUGCGAUUUCACGGUGAUGAUUCAAGAGGAACUCUCCGAGCACAUUGGGCUGCACUUCCAGUUGAAGGGCAGCAAGGCCGCCAAGUUGCCGGCAAGUUAUUGGAAAUGCUCCAACCUGGAAAUUUGGUCGGAACCGGUGAACCCUGAAGUGGCUGGAACGGAGCCAGAAAUCGUCUACGACGAGAAAACCAAAGGCCGGCCAGGCAGCGACGACGAAGAAGAAGACGAAGAUGCUUUGUACAUCGAUCUCAGUACGGGCCAUCCCGUCCGAGAUGAAACGGCCACCGACUCGGCAUCGGUUGAUCCUGAAUCCUAACGUUAAAGAAAAAACAAGUUUGUCGUAACUAUUUAAAACUACUACACCGCCAACACCACCAAUAUCCUAACUACCCCACUAGUCUUAAAUUUUGUUGUGUCUUUGACCGUUCCGAAAACCAAAUUUCGUUUUCCUCCCCUCUUGAUUCAUUAAUGAAAUAUUUAAAAAGAGGUUUGUCCUAAGUUUUCUCCUUUUCCUGUUUAGUGAAAUAUUUGUGUUAAACGUUUUAUUAUUUCGUAUCCCAAAAUGUUGUGGCCGGAAUCGUUUUUUUCUAGUCAGGUUUUCAAAAUGAAUAUAACCUGUACACUGGCCAAUUUACCUCUAUAUCGUUGAUCCUAUAUACCCCCAUGUGUUGAAUAACAGAAAAAUAAUAUCCAAAUUUUUUGGGUUUUUUGGGGCUCAUUGUGGCCGUGCAAAAUUUAUCCCCCGUUUAAUUUAUACACACAAAGAUGCACACGUACACAAUGUAUUAAUUAUGUAUAUAUAUCAUUAUAUAAUAUGCAGUUUGGCAUAUAUUUAGUAAGACAAGUUUUUCCACCCACCCAUCAGCCAUAUCUUUUUUGACGUCAUUCAAACUAAAAAAAAAAAAUAACAAAAUUCAGGUCCAUUUUUUUUUGGGUUGACAUGUACCUCGUGCGCCAAGUCAGCGACAUCACGCGGUUGUUGUGCCAUCGUCUUAUAAUGUAUAAUGUGUUUUUCUUCUUCCCUUUUUUUAUCUUCUUGUAUUUAUGGCUGUCCCGGAAUAUCUUUGACCCCUUUGGCAUUUAUAGAGAAGAAAUGAUUCCAAUUGUUUUUGGUUUUUUGGGGAGGGAGGGGGGUUGGUCGUCGCAGUCUCUCGUGUGUUGUAGAUUGCACCACCACCACUACUAUACUACUAAUUCAUUACAAACCAAAGCCUUGGCCUGUAUUUUUUUCAAUUUCUCCGACUUUGUCACGUAUUUUUUCUCUUUUUCUUUCACAUAUGCGCGCGUGUUUUGUUUCGAUUUCUUGUCCAGGAGCCUUGACGAGUCGAUAUAAAUAUUACAAAUAUUAGUUGUGUC